AGCAGCGCUGAGAACCGUGCCCGCAAGGAGCCCAGCCCAGCCCAGCCAAGCCAACCCAGUCCGUCGGUCCCGCCCGCGCCCACCCGGCCGGCAUCAUGGUGGAAGCGUUCGCAGGCACCUGGAAGUUGGUGGACAGCAAGAAUUUCGAUGACUACAUGAAAGCCAUCGGUGUGGGUUUCGCCACGAGGCAGGUAGCCAACAUGACCAAGCCCACGACCAUCAUCGAGGUCAGCGGCGACACCAUCACCAUUAAGACACAUAGCACUUUCAAGAACACCGAGAUCUGCUUCAAGCUGGGGGUCGAAUUCGACGAGACCACAGCCGACGAUAGGAAAGUCAAGUCCAUAGUGACCCUGGAUGGCGGCAAAUUGGUGCACUUGCAGAAGUGGAAUGGGCAGGAGACGACAUUGGUGCGGGAACUGCAGGGCAGCAAACUGAUCCUGACGCUGACAUUGGGUAAUGUCGUCAGCACACGCACCUACGAGAGGGAGGCAGCCUGAGCCUGGAUGGAGACCCCUUCUGCGAACCUCAGCACCCUCGUCUCGGUUUCCCCAGCCUUUUGUACUCAGCUGGCCCCAGCUGGUGGGGGGGCGGCAGUGUUGGGCACAGAGCCAAGCCCCUCUGGCCUCCCCUCUACCGGCCCCUUUCCUGUUUUAUACCGCAGCACCCCGUGGCUCGGCCCCAAUAAAGCAGAGCCGAGGGACAGUG